AUGUUGAUGUCUUUUGUUCUAAAAUCAACUGUCCGAGCCGCCUCCACUUCCGCCCAGACCACUAAGGCCGCUGGUGAUAUCUCAUCGGUUUUUCCUAGCUUGAGGCCCGACUACAAACCAGAAGCUCUUCCCGCACGGUUUCAAAAACUAAAGGCAAGCAUAUUUGAGGAGAAUAAAGACGCAAUUACAAAAAGUUGGGAGCGAUUGCUUCCUAGCUUGGAUAAAGAAGUGCAAAAUAUCAAGGCAAAGGGCAGCGACAUCAUCCCUUCAAUUAAUUACUCUGAUGUGGUUUCUGGAAAUGUGUCCAAAGCCGCAUUAACAGAGAUCCGCCACCGAGGCAGCGUGGUCGUCCACAACGUAGUACCCCGGGACCAAGCCAUAGAAUACAAGCAGAGGAUUCGCGACUAUGUGGCCGCCAAUAAGGAGCGAGUGAAAGCCUUCCCAGCUGACUCCCCAGCUGUCUACGAGCUGUACUGGACUCCAUCGCAGGCCGAAGCUCGCGGCCACGAAAGCAUGCUCAACACCCAGCGCUUCAUGCAGCAGCUAUGGCAUUCAUCUAACCCUAACAGCAAGAUCUCAACCACCCACCCUAUCACCUACGCAGACCGUCUACGCAUCCGCAAUCCAGGUGACUCGAAGUUUACUCUUGGUCCGCACAUUGACGGGGGUUCCCUCGAGCGCUGGGAAGACCCCGAGUACUCUCGAGUCUACACCAAUAUCCUCGAAGGAAAAUGGGAGAAGUACGACGCCUGGGAUGCGCGAUACCGUCUCAAGGCCAAUAUGGACUUGUACAACGGUGCCGGUGCAUGUUCAAUGCUGCGAUUCUUCCAGGCCUGGUUAUCUAUGUCGGACACUAAACCCGGUGAGGGCUCGUUGCACGUCUGCCCCAUGAUCAACCACAGCACAGCGUACACUAUUCUACGUCCCUUCUUCAACACGGAGACUUCAAAACCGGCCCUGGAUGCUACAUUCCCGGGCUCCGUACCUGGUGCUUGUCAGGAGUACAACCCCGUCACGCACCCCCAUCUCAAUCUCGAGACUACCAUGGUUUCAGUACCGCAGGUUGCGCCUGGUGAUUUUGUCGCGUGGCACUGCGAUUCUCUGCACUCUGUGGACAAAGAACACCGGGGAACCCAGGACUCCAGUGUUAUGUACAUUCCCGCUACCCCACUGUGCAAUAUGAAUGUUGAGUACCUUCUUAAACAGCGCCAGGCUUCGCAGAGCUAUUCACCUCCGUGGGAUUUCCCCGGUGCUGGUGGACCCGGUGAGUCCGGAUUCAAUGGUGCUAUGGAUUGGUCGGCACUGAGACCGGAAGGUCAGCGUGCUAUGGGUUUAGGUACCACUCCUUGGGAGAUUACCGAUACCAUGUGCGAGGGUGAGAAGGAAGCUAUUCGCAAACAACACACUCUCAAAAUCAUGGAUUUCAUCAAGAAGGCUGUUUCCAGCGCUAGCGGCAACAAGGAGGAUAAGCCUGCCGAUAACAACACCCAGCAGAACGACGACUACGUUGACAAGGCCUUUGCCUCAGCUUUCGCCGCCGGUGUCAAGAAGUCUGGCUACAACCUCGACCGCAGCGCGCAGGAGAAGAUCACCGACGGUGCCCGCGAGGCCUUCGAGAAGGUCACUGGCAAGCACGUCAGCGACAAGAUCUCCAACUAG